AUGGCAUCACCACAAAGAGAAGGUUUCAGUAUCCCAACUUCCAUUUCCCAUGCUGCUUUAGGUCAAGUUACCAGCAAGUCUUUAGGUGUCAAAUACAACUGUGCUCAAUGUGCUGCUUCCUUUUCAUUAAGUAAGAAUGACGCAAUCAGAUGUAAGGAAUGUGGUCACAGAGUUAUUUAUAAAGCCAGAACUAGAAGAAUGGUACAGUUUGAAGCUCGUUAG